AUGACCACAGACGAGGACAAGCCCAUCAUCUCCGCCACCACAGCGGCCAUCCUGUCGGUCGGCUUCACUUUGAUCUAUGUGGUUCCCUUUUACCUGUCCAAAUCAACUCGGCCAUCACCGACCUUGAAUCGAGAUGCGCCCUCCGUCAUUCGAGCACGGAUACACACCGUAGCUUUGGCCUGCAUCGUGGCGUCGUCCGCAACGCUCUAUUUACUUGUGGUGACCGCGAAACUGACCGUGACGGACUCACUCCACCUCCUUGGCUGGUGGCCUAUUCAGUUCGGCGAUGUGGUCCGGUGUUGCGCGUUGACCUUUCUUCUCUACAUCGGACCUUUGUUCGAACGGAUCUUCAUCGAAGGCGUGGUCGAUGACUUUCGUCGUGGCCGAAAAGUCAUCGAAUCGCUCAGCAGUUGGCAAGGCUAUCGAAACUACGUGGCAAGUCCUAUUGCCGAAGAAGUCGUCUUUCGAUCCGUCCUGGUAUCUCUUCAUCUUCUGGCCAAAGUAUCGGCGACCAAGAUCAUUUUUCUCACCCCGUUGUAUUUUGGCAUUGCGCAUGUUCAUCAUUUCUACGAAUUCACAUUGACCCAUCCUCACACCCCACUGAUACCCGCUCUUUUCCGUGUGACCUUUCAAUUCGGAUACACGACGCUUUUCGGCUGGUAUGUGGACUUUGUAUACCUUCGAACGGGGUCUCUCUACACCUGCAUUAUCAUCCACACUUUCUGCAAUUGGGUUGGUCUCCCUCGAUUCUGGGGUCGCGUGAAAUGUGGGGAGUCGUAUCUUCUCCCACCAGUGGCUAUUCGAGGCAAAGAUGACACGGAAUCCCAUCACCCACAUGGAAGGGGAGAGAAAUUGGGUCUCAAAUGGACAGUGGUUUAUUACGUCCUAUUGAUUGCCGGUGCAUGUGCCUUUUAUACGGGGCUAUGGCCGCUGACGACGUCUUCCGCUGCGCUGGCCGAAUUUGGAGGGACCAAAGGUCACUGA